AUGGACAAUGAGUCGCAGUACUCGGGAUAUUCCUACAAGUCCGGGCAUUCCCGCAGCUCCCGCAAGCACAGGGACCGGCGGGACCGGCAUCGCUCGAAAAGCCGGGACGGGAGCCGCGGGGACAAGUCGGUGACCAUCCAAGCGCCGGGCGAGCCCUUGUUGGACAACGAGUCGACUCGGGGGGAUGAGAGGGACGACAACUGGGGCGAGACCACCACGGUGGUGACGGGGACGUCGGAGCACAGCAUCUCGCACGAUGACAUCACCCGCAUCACCAAGGACAUGGAGGACAGCGCCCACCUGGACUGCUCCCGGCACCUGGGCGUCUCGCUGGCCGGGGCGCUGGCGCUGCUCGCCUUCCUCACCCCCCUCGCCUUCAUGCUCCUGCCCCAGCUGCUGUGGCGGGAGGAGCUGGAGCCCUGCGGGACACCCUGCGAGGGGCUCUUCAUCUCCGUGGCCUUCAAACUCCUCAUCCUCCUGCUGGGCAGCUGGGCUCUCUUCUUCCGUCGCCCCAAAGCCUUCUUCCCUCGCGUCUUCGUCUUCCGAGCGUUGCUCAUGGUGCUCGUCUUCCUCCUCGUCGUCUCCUACUGGCUUUUCUACGGCGUGCGGAUCCUGGAUUCGCGGGACCGCAACUACCAGGGGGUGGUGCAGUACGCCGUCUCGCUGGUGGACGCUCUGCUCUUCGUGCACUACUUGGCCGUGGUGCUGCUGGAGCUGCGCCAGCUCCAGCCCCAGUUCACCCUCAAGGCCGUCCGCUCCGCCGACGGGGCCAGCCGCUUCUACAACGUCGGCCAUCUCAGCAUCCAGCGAGCAGCCGUGUGGAUCCUGGAGAACUAUUACCACGAUUUCCCGGUCUACAACCCUGCCCUCCUCAACCUGCCAAAAUCCGUCCUGUCCAAGAAAAUGUCCGGGUUUAAAGUCUAUUCCCUCGGCGAGGAAAACACAACGAACAACUCCACGGGCCAGUCCCGGGCCGUCAUCGCGGCGGCUGCCCGGAGGCGCGACAACAGCCACAACGAGUAUUACUACGAGGAGGCAGAGCACGAGCGCAGGGUGCGGAAACGCCGCGCCAGGCUGGUGGUGGCGGUGGAAGAAGCCUUCACCCACAUCAAGCGGCUGCAGGAGGAGGACCAGAAGAACCCACGGGAGAUCAUGGACCCACGGGAGGCGGCUCAGGCCAUCUUCGCCUCCAUGGCCCGGGCCAUGCAGAAGUACCUGCGCACCACCAAGCAGCAGCCCUACCACACCAUGGAGAGCAUCCUGCAGCACCUCGAGUUCUGCAUCACCCACGACAUGACGCCCAAGGCGUUCCUUGAGCGGUACCUGACGGCCGGACCCACCAUCCAGUACCACAAGGACCGCUGGCUGGCCAAGCAGUGGACGCUGGUCAGCGAGGAGCCGGUGACGAACGGCCUGAAGGAUGGGGUGGUCUUCGUGCUGAAGCGCCAGGACUUCAGCCUUGUGGUGAGCACCAAGAAGAUCCCUUUCUUCAAGCUCUCGGAGGAGUUCGUGGACCCCAAGUCGCACAAGUUCGUCAUGAGGCUGCAGUCGGAGACCUCCGUGUGAGC